AUGUAUCGCAAAGUCGAGAGCACGAUCCUCAUCACAUCCACCACAAAUCCAACGCCCCAGGACCACACUAUCGAGGCUUUCACAAUGGCGAUUCAGUACGUACACAAUUUCUUUCGUCGGGAUCCGAGCCGUCCACCCAACGACAAGAGGCUCGACCGCUUCGUUAAAAAGUCACAAGGACAGUACCAAGCCAAGUUUCUGGAUGAAGAGAAGAAGUUCCUUCAAAUCACGCGGGCUUUUGUAGAGAGCAACAGCGUGGAGGAUACAAUCGACGACGUUUUCAAGGCGAUGAGAAAGAGAGGGUUGAAGAAAUACUGGCGGCGAAAGCUCACUGUGACUGGCUGCCAUCCAGAUCGUGUCGAGGUUAACCUUGCGGACCUGGAGGAUUGGGAGAUUUGA